CUGCGCAGAGUCUCUGUCUGGCGGCGGAGACCCGAGGGCUUGGAGCUCCCAGGGGCCACAAGGGCCAGUCCGGCCGGCUGGUUCCAGGCCUGGCGGCGGGGACUUCGUCAUGCCGGGGAUGGUGCUGUUCGGCCGGCGCUGGGCCAUCGCCAGCGACGACUUGGUCUUCCCGGGUAUCUUCGAGCUGUUCCUGCGAGUGCUGUGGUGGAUCGGCAUUCUGAGCCUGUACCUCCUGCACAGAGGGAAGCUGGACUGUGCUGGCGGAGUCCUGCUCAGCAGUUACCUGAUCGUCCUCAUGGUUCUCCUGGCAGUGAUUAUUUGCACCGUCUCAGCCAUCGUGUGUGUCAGCAUGAAAGGAACCAUUUGUAAUCCUGGACCACGGAAGUCUAUGUCGAAGCUGCUUUACGUCCGCCUGGCGCUCUUCCUGCCGGAGCUGGUGUGGGCAUCUCUGGGGGCCGCCUGGAUCGCAGAUGGUGUGCAGUGCGACCAGGCAGUUGUGAAUGGCAUCAUCGCCACCGUCGUGGUCAGCUGGGUCAUCAUCGCCUCCACAGUGGUCACCAUCAUCAUCGUCUUCGACCCCCUGGGGGGCAAGACGCCUCUGUAUCCCUCAGCUGGUCCUGGCCACCUGGACAGUCACGAGUCCAGCCAGCUACUGAGUGGCCUCAAGACGGCAGCCACGGGCGUGUGGGAGACCAGAGUCAAGGUCCUGUGCUGCUGCGUGGGGAACGACGACCACACUCGGGCCGCUUUUUCGAGUACGGCAGAGCUUUUCUCAGCCUACUUUUCAGACACAGACCUGGUGCCCAGCGACAUUGCUGCAGGCCUCGCCCUCCUCCAUCAGCAACAGGACAAUAUCAGGAACAACCAGGGGCCUGACCAGGUGAUCAGCCAUCCCCCAGGGCCCUCCCAGGAAGCUGAUCUGGACGCAGAAUUAGAAAACUGCCAUCACUACAUGCAGUUUGCUGCCGCUGCCUACGGCUGGCCUCUCUACGUUUACAGAAACCCGUUCACGGGGCUGUGCAGGGUCGGUGGUGACUGUUGCAGAAACAGGGCACCUGAAUAUGACUUGGUUGGAGGUGAUCAGUUCAACUGUCACUUUGGCUCCAUCCUGCACACCACAGGGCUCCAGUACCGGGACUUCAUUCAUGUCAGCUUUCACGACAAGGUGUACGAGCUUCCCUUCCUGGUGGCUCUGGACCACAGGAAGGAGUCAGUGGUGGUCGCCGUGAGAGGAACCAUGUCUCUCCAGGACAUCCUUACGGACCUGUCAGCAGAGAGCGAGACCCUCGUCUUAGAGUGUGAGGUGCAGGACUGUUCAGCACACAAGGGCAUCUCUCAAGCCGCCAGAUACGUGUACGGACGACUCGUCAACCACGGGAUUUUGAGCCAGGCAUUCAGCAUUGCUCCUGAAUACCGGCUGGUCAUCGUGGGGCACAGCCUGGGGGCGGGCGCUGCGGCCCUGCUGGCCAUCAUGCUCAGAAACUCAUACCCGCAAGUCAGGUGUUACGCCUUUUCCCCGCCCAGGGGGCUGCUGAGCAAAUCCCUUUAUGAAUACUCUAAGAGCUUCAUCGUGUCUCUCGUCCUGGGCAAGGACGUGAUCCCCAGGUUAAGUGUGACCAACUUGGAAGAUUUGAAGAAGAGAAUCUUGCGAGUGAUCGCUCACUGCAAUAAGCCCAAGUACAGGAUCCUGCUGCGCGGCUGCUGGUAUGAGCUGUUCGGCGGGAGCCCGGAGAACUUCCCCACGGAGUUGGACGGGGGCGACCUGAUGCAGCCGCUUCUCGGGGAGCAGAGUCUGCGGACGCACGGGUCCCCGGCAUACAGCUUCUCCAGCGACUCCCCACUGGAGUCCCCCACCAAGUACCCGCCCCUCUACCCGCCCGGCAGGAUCAUCCACCUGGAGGAAGAGGGCAGCUCCGGGAGGUUUUCCUGCUGUCCUGCUGCUCAUUAUAGUGCGAAGUGGUCUCAUGAAUCGGAAUUCAGCAGAAUCCUUAUUGGCCCAAAGAUGCUAACGGACCACAUGCCAGACAUCCUGAUGAGAGCCUUGGACAGGGUGGUGUCCGACAGGGCCGCCUGCCUCUCCUGCCCGGCCCGCGGGGGCGCGGACGUGGGCGUGGCCUAACCAGGGCUCCCGGAAACUGCUGCGGGACUAUCGACUUCGCUGUUUUUCUGAAAGUGACUUACCACCCGAGCGAUUCCCAUGAUGCCAGCACCUGAAUGCCCGUCGACUGGAUUUUGAUAGUCUCCUAAAUGACUGAGUAACUUGAGAAAUACUUUUGAUCACAGUAUUAGAAUCAGGGGUCAGGAGAGGGCACCGGGAGUGGACACAUGGGAAGCUGCGGGAGCCCUCCUGCCAUCUGGCUCAUUCCGUGGGAAUCCAGCCCCUGGGUUUAAGGCCUUGAUGGAUGUGUAGGCUCCUGCCCCCAGGCCACCUUUGCAGUGCAGGGUCCUGUCUUGUGACUGCUUAGACUGGUCUGAACUGGCACUUAAGCAUGCAAGCUUUUUUCUUUUGCAGACUGGACUUUCCUAGCUACACAAACUCAGUAUUGGUUGUGAGGGUACAGACUGGGGUUUUCUCCUGGGCGGCCUAAGUAAGGGUCAGCCCUGCGCUCUGACUGGGAAUCAAGACAAAACCAGGUCUGGGAAGCGCAUCGAGACCACGCUCCUGCCUCCGAGCUCCAGGAUCACGCUGUCUGGCUGGUCAACAUCGAAUAGACGGUUCGGUUCUCACGUGAUGUUCGGGCUCUUGGAGGUCGGCCAGUGGAUUCAGAGGGAGUUAAAAAAUAAAGCAUUUACACGUCACUAGUGUCUGCACAGCAAAGAACUCUUCACCUGGAUGUUUCUGGGAAGGUCUACUUACUGGGUACUUCUACAGCAAUAGUGUUUUAAACAGGUUUUUUUCUAUCCACUGUAAACAACAAAAUGAAGUGUUAAGUUCUCUUGGAGCUCUGGCUGAGGACUGAAGAUUGCCCCGGCAUCUGAUUUCACCACACCCCCUAUCCAAACCCCAUAAAAAGCCGGUAGAGGGAUUCCUUCAGAAAGCACAAGCCCACAAGGGGUGGGGGAGAAGAGACGAGGGCCAUCAGGCAGCCUGAGACAAAGUGGGGAGGAAGGCCAAGAACGAGUCUGGUCCACAAACCAGUCCCUGCCCUGCACCCGCCGCGGGGUGAAGCAGGUGGCGGGGGAGCAGCCCGUGGGGUGGGCCGUGUUGACAGUAGGGAGACUCCUGGUCCUUCGUUUGCUUCCGGGUAGAAGCCGGACACCAGUGCAGCUGAAGGCCCAAGGCUGAGACUCCUCAACUCCUCCCACUUGGCUCCUGGAACCUUCAAGAAGAUUCUCCAGGAAGAUCAGACUCUAGAGACAACCCCCUCAGGGCCUCCACAGCUGUCACAGACACACCACCUUAGCUUCUGAAAACCUGCAAAGACCAUGUUAAAAACCUCAACUGAAAUGCCAUGGUCACGUCCACCUGCUACAAGUUUCGUUUCUGAACAAUUCCUGUACAUUCCUAGCGGCAGAAAGGCGAGUGGUCUCGGGCACUCAGCACCGCCGCCCCGGCCUGCCCCACCUGUGUGCUGUCUGUGCUUUAGGUUUUCAGCACGUAAGCCUGAGCCAGGGACUGCCAGGCACUGCAGGAACAAGGGAACCAAAGACCCGGGAGCAGCCUCAAACCCCCAGCUACAGCCUGGGACCAGAACGAGUGCUGUGGCCACAAAACCGGGCCACGAGGCUGGAAAACAGUACCGAGAGAAGAACGAACACCUGAAAACUAAAAGCAGCAGGGAAACGGAUACCUGACUCACAGGAGACGGAAGCUUCCAGGUGGAACCAGCCCACCAAGCACAGGGAUGAAGAUACACCCAGGAGGCGGGAGUCGGAGGCAGACCCCCCCGCGGCCUGGAGACGAAAGGCCGUCCUGGCCCCAGUCCCCCCACAAAGGAAACGACCGAGAAGACAGUGGGAGCUGCGGCGCUGCCCUCCAAAAGCUCAAGGGGGGUUUUCCACCUGAGAUUUUAGACCCAGCCAAGAAGUAUUAGGAAAAAAGAAGUUAUUUUCAAAGACACAAGGGCUCAAAAACAUAGGUGACCCACGUAUUACUCAGGAAGCCCUUGGAUAAUCUGUCCAUCAAGAUGAGAAAGAAAAUUAAAAAACGAGUCAAGAUGUAGGAAAUAAAAGAUCAACACAUAAGAGAAAUGGUGGUCAGAGGGUUCUGAGACUUCAGGAAAAUGAAAAUUGACAAAACACGUAACACAUCUGAACAUCUUGAGAUUCAGACAACAGGUGGAAAGUUCACAGUUCAAGUACUAAGUACACAGGAGAAAAAGCAAAUAAAGUAUUAAUUCUUCCAAAAGAAACCAAAAAAGUUGUGCAGGAGAGGCAGAUUCUUGCUGUAUGGCUCAUCCUUGAGUAUCCACUUGGCAGUAAUGAGGAGACACCAAAGAGUGAGCGCCAACCAAAGCCAUUACACUGAAGGGACGGGACAGGUGUGCUGGGGCCGGGCCUGUACUUGGGAGGGAGCUACCCCACAUCUACCAGGGUUGGGAUGUCGGGGGUGGGGGGUAAACCUAAAAAACCCAACCAGCGUUGAAAGCACCCGGCGUAGCCUGAGCUCCGGGGAGGGGAGGGAGGCUGAAGGGAGACUCAGUCACCGACGGCCAGAGGUUUAACUGAUCAUACCUAUGCAAGGAAGCCUCCACAAAACCCAAAGGGGCCAGGUUUGGAGAGCUUCCAGGUUAGUGAACACGUGGCGACUUGGGGAGGGUGGCGCUCGGAGAGGCGUAGGCGCUGCGAGCCCUUUCCCCAGACCUCACCCUGAGCAUCUCUUCCAUCUGGCUGUUCCACAGUUACAUCCUUUUAUGAUAAACCAGUGAUCCAGGAAGUAAAACAAGCAAGCAAGCAUAUGUUUUAGACAUGUGGAGACAAGUAUCAAGAAUUGGUUAAAAGAAAAAAAUAGUUGCCUCUGGGGAGGGUGUGAAGGGGGAAGAUUGCUGUUUUUGUAGGAAACCUUUAGAUUCGGUCUUUAAACUGCGUAUUUAUCUUUGGUUAAAAAACACAUGAUUCAAGAGUAAAACAAUCUUCAAAGCAAUAAAAAUUAAAAAAAUCGAA